UCAGUGUUGUCAUUCCGUUCCAUUCACCGUUGCUUCCGCAUAAAUUCGUCAUCAUUUCCUUCUCUGUUUUCAUCUGGUGAUCUCUGAGCACUGUCUUUGUUUACUUUGAGGGAGUUCGGCUGAGCCGAAGGCUGAACCAAUGAGGAAUGACACGUGGUUAGAGACUCUCAACAAUAAAUUAUAAGAGCAUACCUUGUUUUAGAUUACAAAUGAUCGAAUGGCGAUGAAUUGAACGUUGGUCGAUGAAACUAUGAUAAAAUAGAGUUGAUAAAACACUUGAGGUUUUAGUCAUUAAAUGAAUUUCAAGAUGAACUGGAGGGCUGCCUUAAGGUUAUGUUCCACCGGCAAAUCAAUCCUCAGAUAUGAACGGAGAUAUUACACAAAUAGGAAUGUCCUCACACUUCAUGAGAGGGGUAUGUUCCAGGAGAUUUUUCCAGAAAAUUCUGGUCCGGACAUGAAAAACUUGCUAGUAGGCUCACCUCAAACAGUUUAUGCGGGUUUCGACCCAACAGCUGAUAGCCUUCACAUAGGAAACCUCCUUGUCCUCAUGAACUUGUUACAUUGGCAACGAGGGGGGCAUCAAGUAAUCGUUCUCCUGGGGGGAGCAACUGGACAAAUAGGUGAUCCCAGUCACAGAACGAAAGAGAGGGACGAAAUGAAUACCGCAGUGAUAGAAAACAAUAUUGAAGAAAUCAGAAAAAACAUAGAUAUUAUUUUCAAACAUCACGAGGCUCAUUUCUGGGUUGAUAGGCCUAAUGAGCCCCUGAAGGCCCCUAUUAUCCUGAAUAACUUGAACUGGUACAAAGAUCUGAAUGUCGUUCAGUUCAUCAGAGGGAUUGGGAAGUACUUCAGGCUGGGAACAAUGAUGGGAAGAAGUUCUGUCCAAUCGAGAUUAAAUUCAGAAGGCGGAAUGAGCUUCACUGAAUUCAGUUACCAAGUCUUUCAGGGCUUUGAUUGGCUGUACUUAUUCAACCACUACAAGUGUCGGUUUCAAAUAGGUGGGGGUGAUCAGAUGGGGAAUAUUAUGUCUGGGCAUGAUCUCAUCAGGAAAUCCACGAGGCAGCAGGCGUAUGGUCUGACUCUGCCUCUGAUCACUGCUGAGGGUGGAAAGAAAUUCGGAAAGUCCGUGGGAAAUGCUGUCUGGCUUUCGCCGAAUAAAUCGACACCUUUCAACCUUUAUCAAUUCUUCAUUAGGACAAAGGAUGCUGAUGUCGAGAACUUUUUGAAACUCUUUACGUUCCUGGAUUUAAAGAAAAUCGCCGAAAUCAUGAGGAAGUUUAAUGAGGCACCUGAGAAGAGAGAUGCACAGAGGAUUUUGGCUGAAAAUGUUACUCUGCUAGUUCAUGGAGAAAAAGGCCUUAGCGCAGCCAGACAAGCAUCUGCAGUCCUUUAUGAUAACUCCCUGGAAUCCCUCUCAAGUAUGAAUGUCAACGAGAUUUUAAAUAUCUUCGAAGGGGCCAAACUAUCCGAGUUACCCUCAGAGCCAGGAAUAACCACCUACGAACUUGCCAUGAAGAUAAACUGCUUUAAAACAGACAGAGACGCACAGAGAAUCAUCUCAGCCGGUGGAUUUUACAUUAAUCAUAGUAAAAUUAUGAAUACCAGUGAAGUCAUUACUCCUGGUAUUCACAUCUUACCGAAUAAUAUGACGUUGGUGAGAGUGGGAAAGAAAACGUAUCACGUCGUCAGGUGGUUGAUGUAACGACUCAUGUUUAAUUAUUAGCAUUAUUGAUUCAUUGCGCUGGGAAAAGGAGAGCGAGGCUAUUCAUUAGGAUUAGAAGGUGCUCCCGUGAAUCAUCCUGCGGAUGGCUGAAGUGGGUCUCGUUUGUUCCUAGCCGCGUUAAUUUUCGCCUGGUGGGCU